AUGCUCAAACGAAAACCCCAAGCCCUCCAGGUCCCAGUACCAAACUUCCCAUUCUCAUCGCCGAUCAGCGAAGAGAUCUCAAGUCCCUCAUGCUCCUCGGAAGACCAGGAUGAACGAGAUCGACCCUUUACACUUCUAUCAAAAGCAGCACGACAAAGGCUCGAGGCGAAGGCCGCCAAAGAUGGGAAUCGCUCGCCCAUUUCCCCCCGCGAAACCUCUAGACUAAAUAUCCGCGUCACGAAGAAACGUAAAAGCGUCGGGAAACCGGUCGGCUUGAACCUCGUUACGGAUUUCACCUUAGCGCCGGCGCCGAGGAAACAGUCAAUUCCCGCAGAACCAAACGCGGCUGCGCCGUUCGUCGAUCUGAAUGACCUGAUGCUUCUUUCGAAAGUGCGAGAGAAGGAACGCACUGCUCAAAAAUCAAAGGAUACAUUCAGGAAGAGGGUUUCACGGGGCUUUCAGCGGUUACCCGAGACAGUGCAGAGUCAGCAUCACCAUCAGAAUGGAACUGCAGCCUCUUUCCUUACCACCAGAGAUGAAGACCCAUUCCAUGACAAACACGGAGAUGUUAUCUCGCCCUCGGACCGCCACGUCAUGAUCGGACUGACUGUGCCUCGCAGCGAGUCAGUAGAAAGAUCACAAGAGCUCGAUAGUGCAGGAACACCGCUCACACCAUCGAUUGUCGUCACCCCAGCAAGAGGCGACGCACCAUGGAACGCACACUCAAACUCGAGUACGGAGAUGCUCCGACCAAGGGCAACAUCAAGCAUCUAUUCGCAGCCAACACCCCGUCUUUGGCAAUAUGAAACAGAUAUUCCUCCCGUGCCAGCCAUUCCUGCAGAGCACUCAGCUGCUGCCAAAACUCCCGCCCAAGAGACUGGAUACCAGAACACACUAGGCGUAGAAAGGAAAGCGCGCGCCCUCUCAACAGCUUCAAUCUGGGAAGACGACAGUCCACCCCGGACACCAGAAACCGUACGCCAAGCCUCAAAGAUCCAGCAACCGGGCCGUCUUAGCGUCAAUACCCAAGCAGACGCCAACAGACCAGAGUCACAAGGCUGGUGGACAUAUCUCCUCUCCCCACUGCUAAGCCGAUCCAUAAAAUCCCCCCUCAGUCCAUCCUUUCCGCAAGAAUCACCCUCCACCCCGUCGACAACAACAACCACAGCCCGUCCCCAGCCAAAAGAAUGGAUACCACGCGAGAAAGAAAUCUCCUGCUUCUCGCCCGAUACACCAGAAACAGCAGCCCCAAUGGGUGAGAAAGCAUUCGAGAUAUCCCGAUCCUUCGAACAAGAACAAUACCAGCAAGACCAAUACCAAGCCCCCGAACGCCAUCAAUCUCCACCACCUGCUUACGUCUCCAACGUCUCAAGUAGACAAAACACCAUGUCCUUUAUGUUCAGCAAUAGCCAGACAAUUCAGGGCGAAGCAGCUGAGUACUACCAAGCCUGUGCGCACGAACUAUUCAGUAAGACGCCGUAUUUUGAGUGUGUCAAUCACGUCUGCUCGAUAACGCCUGUUAAUCCCGUUGCCGUGCCAGCUGGAGCUACGAAUACGGCUGUAGAGAGUGGCCGAGGACUUGCGCUUGUUGCGGUUGAGGAACCUGGAGUAUCUGGCCUCGAAGAGACGCGUGAAAAUGAUAUCCAGGAUUCGGUUCCGUCGACGACGUCGACUAAGAAUGCUGGUCUGCUUAUUGAUAUUGACUCGCCUCGUCCGGAGACAACGAAGUCAAUUCCAUCUGGGUAUGCUGUUCGCGCGAAGGAGGUGCAGGUCUUGUCACCCUCGUCGGAGUUUAGUUCUCAUACGUGGGAUUCUUCUGUUGUUGAUGAGGAUGAGAAGGAGAAGGGUUCAGUGGCCCAUGGUACUAGGGGUGGAGUUUCGGAAGCUCGGUCUCAGCGUGUUGCUUCCCCUCCCAUUCCUGUUCCUGUUCCAGUUGUUGCGCCCCCUGUGGAGGCGGUUGAUAGACAGGUUUGGGAGCCAGCUCCGCCUGCGCCAGCUCCUAUUGCUAUGCCCGAACCAGCCCCUGCUCCUGCUCCCGCUCAUAUUCCUAUGCCUGAGCCAACUCCCGCUCUUGCUCCACAGAUAACCACUAAUAUCGCGCCCCCUGUUACUAAUUUCCAUUACACUGUUCCUCCGCCGCAGCCUCAGGUACAGCCUCUGCAGCCGACAGUGCAAUAUGUGCCAGUCUUCGCUCCUCAGGCUGCACCGCCAAUGGAGCCGCUACUGCAGCAGCCUCAACCGCAGGAACAGUCCCGAGAAAUCUCCCCGCCGAUGCUCCAACCAGCUCCUCAAGUAGCAACGCCAAGAUCGGAAUGGCCAUGGGGAGUACGAGAACAGCCGCAUGAGCAACCCCAGGUCCAACAACCAGCUACCCAAGAACAUGUUUCUGGGUUUGAAUGGGCGUAUUCUCCACAAGGACAGCCUCAAGGACAGCAACGAGGGCAACUGCAAGAACUUCCUGUGACACAAGCUUCCCCACAGCAACCGCAGGUGGCAUAUGGACAGGCUCCUCCCCAGACACGGCAGGCAACUCUUGGUCAUGCAACCCAGCCUCAAGGACCGCUUGUUAUCCAGGGACGGCAAUCUGGUUCUGGGUGGCCGUUUGGUCUAACCGCACACCCUCACUCGAAUGCACCCCCUGUGCCCCCACUGCCACAAACCCAGCCCACUGGAUCGGAGGCUCAGUCUCAGCAAGAGCAAUCCCAACAGUCCGUGCCUCAGGAUCGGCAGCCUGGAUCUGAAGAACCGCAAGCGGCACGGGGAUUGUCUCAAGAGACUGAGCUAUCGCCUCCCCAGGGACAUUUACAACCUUCUGAGCCUAUCUCUCCCGGUUUCCAGCGCGCUGCUGGCGGACCUGGCUCGAUCCCAAUGUCUGAUAUGCAGGCACCGGCUCCUGCGUACUCGCAACAUCCUCGAGAUCCUGCUCUGCCGCCUCGAUAUGAUACUCAGCCACGUUACGACAAUGAUCCCACAGCUGGAGUUACCAGUGUCAACCCAAGUGGGGCGAUAGGACCUCAAGAGGCCCGACGCCGCCGGCUGGAAAAAGAAGAAGCCACUGGCCGAAGGGUUUGCAAUCUUUGGCGUGGCCGUGGUCUUUUCAGCAAGAAGAGUGGACGACCAGGACGCGAGGGUCGUACUCGACGGAGAUGGUAUUUCAUUAUCUGCAUUUUCUUCUUGAUCAUCGUGAUCCUCGCCACUAUUCUCGCGAUCACUCUGACAAGAAAAGGAAACGACACCCCCGUUCAAUCGCAAUGGCUGAAUCUCACAGGCUAUCCGCCUAUGCCUACUGGAAUUGCAACGAUCGCUGGGACGGAGGCGCAGCUUGAAAAAUCGACUUGCAUUACUCCUUCUUCAAUGUGGAGUUGUGCUUUGCCCAAGGACCAGCAGGAUGCCAAUGAGCCGUACAAUGCGAACCAGCCCAAUUUCCGUGUUUCCAUCAACUUCCGCAAUGGCACGUACGAGAACAGCACUACUGUUGGCUCAAAGCUACGUAUCAGGAGCGAUGACCUUUUUAACCCAUCGCCCGCAGCCCCAACAGACGCAGAGGAGAGCUUCCUCGGCCAAUACACAGACAAUAACACUGCACCCUACGCCGGCGAAGAAACACCCUUCUACAUGUCCCUCCUCUCACCAGUCUCCCUCUCCUCGGCAAACAUCUACCGCCGUUCAGAGACAUCCAACGGCACCGCAUACCCCAACAUAUCAUCCAUAAUCCCCGCGCCAGAAGAAAACGCAGAUGGAACCCCAUCUGCAGCAAUGCUCUACCCCCUCCCCUCAUCCCAACCAAUCCGCCUAUACAACCGCGGCCUCGCAACCGAGCACUACGGCUUCUACAGCUACUUCGACAAAUCCAUCUUCCUAACCUCCCAAACCAAAUCUUCCUCUGCGGACACAAACGGCGGAACCUCAAAAUCCAACGCAAAAUACCGCUGCACAUGGUCCCAAACCCGCCUUCUAGUUCAAAUCUGGACGCAAUCCGAAAAAAUAAACCGCCAGCUCCUCCCAAAAUCAAACGACACAGCAACAAGCACCACAACCUCCUCAUCUGCAACACCAACAUCAACAAACUCACCUACAUCUUCAUCCUCCGCAACAGACUUCUCCCGCCCAGGCUCAUUCCCAUACCCGGUAACAAUAACAGUGGACCGCCACGGCGGCGCCGAGAAAAAGAAAAUGGUCUACUGUUACCCGAUCGAAGAUGACGGUCAUUAUAAUAUCACGGCUGUGCAGCUGCAGCUUGAGGACCGCGCUGUCGGGGGUGAGCUUGUUAAUCCUGCUGUUGGACUCUUUAAGGGGCUUGGUGAGACGAAGAAUUCUACGAUUGAGAAUGCUGGAGGUGUUGAUGGUGGUUCUGGGGGAUGUGAGUGUCAGUGGGUUAAUUGGAUUUCGAGUGUUUAG